AGCACGCCCGGCUGGUCUCCUCCCCUGCAUGUCAGUCACUGGGGACCUCCUUCUCACAAAACACGUUUGCCAAACACAAGAGUCCCAGGCAUUGCUCAGGCAUCACCUUAAACUAAAUUCUCCAGUGGUAAAAAUAGCCUUUUCUGUUAAAUUCCUCUGAAAUGUGUCUGCAGGUGGGGCAAGCUUAGGAAGGAAGGAUCGUGCAUUAACUCCAGAGAAAAGCAUCAGAGCAGAAGUUAAUGAGAAAGAGACAACUGAAGACAGGGGCAUGCCACCAUAAUUGGGUGUGAGAUGUUUCAGGUCACCCUGCUGAAGGGGUGUCUCCUCUGGAAGAUGCAAGCUGUGAUCCUGAACUGUAUAUGAGAUGGCCAAGAGCUGAUCUGCUCCAGACUGCGCUCCUGAAGCUCAGCGCUCCUCCUCCUCGCCCAGUUAAGCCUGGACAUACUUUUCACGUUGUCUGACUUUGCGACUGGCAGGAAAGCAGGAGCUUCUGGCCAUAAGGAUGUCCCUGGAGCUGCCACUGCUGAGCUCUCCUGAAGGAAAAAAAUAGUAAUAAAGGAGAUCUGGAAUUAAACUAUUCCAUGGUUUGUUAUAGACAACCUCCAUUCACAGCUCUGUUCUGCGCCAGAGAAAGCCAAAUGGGAUUUUUUUUCUCUCUUCUUUUACUGUGUGUCCCCAGCCUUUUGGCUCUCACUGUCCCUCACCCCUCCAGCCAUCACCUGCUGGUCCUCACAUCUAGCCACUUCUGCAGCUGAGUUUCAUUUUUCAGAUUUGUUUUCCUGUGAGAUCCUUCUUGCUCUCUCUUUCCCUUCCUUUAUACUGUUUCAUUUUAUCUGUGCCCUCCUCUGGCUCUUCUUUCUCUCUCUCUGUCCAGCUGUGUUGUUUAAGAGUAACUUAUCUGAAACCUAAACAAAUGAAUGAAAAAAAAGCUCCUUUUUGUCUGGGUUUUUCUUGCAUGCUGCCUCAAAUUUGCAGGGAGAUGGCCCAGCUCCAGGAAAACAUCAGUGGCAUCACUGCUGCUUUCUACACGUGUGCCAGAAGCGACGGCAACUGCAGCCCUCUGAGCAGGGAGGAGCUGAGGCAGCUCAUUGAGCAGUUCACGGAUGCGAUGGAGGACCCCAAAACCAUCAAGAAGGUGCUGUGCUUCCUGGUUGAUAACAGCAACUGCAGGGUUGACUUCAGUGAGUUGCUCAGCCUGGUUUUCCAAGUGACCAAGGCCUGUUGGAAGCCACUCCAGCAACACUAGGCACCAGAAGAUAGUCAAGAGCUGACAGCGCAAGAGAAGGCAGGUAGGGAGCAGCUGCCAAGGCUGCAUGCAGCAGGGAGGGUCUCCUGCAACCAGCAGGUCCCUGAGCAGGGUGUGAACAACCAAGGUCCAGGACACUGAGACACAGCACCCAGACAGCCAUCAAAUCCAGGAGGGUGAGACACAGGAGCAGGACCAGGACACCCACCAAGAUG